CGCUCGUUUUACCAGGCUUUGCGUAGAGUAACCUCCUUUCAGAGUAACCUCCUAGCCUCCUUUCAGAACUCUAAAAGGAGGCUAGUAGACAUGUUGUUGGCGAAGCAGAGCCAGCAUUGGCCAGCUAACCUUCAAGCUUAGGUUAUAGUAGCUAGAAAGAUAGGUACAUAUUGUCCUCUCCUGGAUGGUCACCAGCCUGCCAGAGCACUGGAAGUCAGGUCCAGACUUCUACAGCGUGUUCUGUGAACCCGUGCUGGUCACUGCAGGUGCCGGGGUCAUCGGCUUCCUCUUCUGGAGUAGCAUUCUAUCUGUCAAAAGCAAGUCAUAUCUAAUUACUGAAAAAGAGCUGGUGGACAGGAUGAAAAUGCUUGAACAAGAGAAGAAGGAGAUACUCCAAAAGGUCGCUGAACUGCAGCAACGGGGCGAAGAACUUAAAGAAAAUCAAAAGCUGUCUGAAAAAUCUGCCACUUUCUCUCUGGAGAAGAUCCAGGAUUUGGAGAAUAUUGUGCAAGAGAUGGAGAGACAAAAUGAGCGCCUGGAUGAGGAAAAUCACUUACUCGCCAUAUCCUUUGACAAAGAGCGGGCCAACACUGCGAAACAUGACGAUAUGAUGUCCGAAAUGGACAAAACCAUUGAGAAGUUGAAGCGCAGCAAGAAGAAGACCCAGGACGCACUCUCCAAGUCUACCAUUCUGAUGGAUGAAGUCAAGCUCCGUGAAGAUGCCCGGAAUGUCCAGCACCAGGUUCUGGAGAAGGAUAUUGCCACCCUGAAGGAGGAGAACCUCUCGCUGCACCAUGCUGCCAAGUUGUGGGAGGAGAAGCACAGGGAGACAAGAGAGCAGAUCAAAGUCUACCACAAGUCUCAGAAAGACCUGGAGGAUUCCCUCGUUCAAAAGGACCACAACGUUGAGGUUCUGUCUGACCUGCUAGGAGACCUGGAGGCCUGCGAUGACCUGAAAGGUGGAGUUGUGGCUAACGGGGAAGCCUUUAACGACAAGCAGACCAUCAUCCAAAACCGCGUUAAGCAAAUGAUGGUCGUCUCUCGGAACUUUCCACAGGUCCAGACCACUCUGUCUGUUGUGGAGGAAGAGCGCGAUCGCUUCAUGACCAAGCUGCUGAACGAAGAGAAGUCCAGGAAAGAGCUGGAAGAGCAAUUUCAGAAGUUGGAGCAUGACAUCUUGUUGGUGAAAAGUGACAAGAACCACAUGGAGAACCAGUACAAGACCCUGCAGCAGAAGAAUGACAUCAUGACUGAGAUGUACCAGCAGAAGGAGAACGCUUUGCAGCAGAAGCUGACCAAGGAGGAGUUUGAGCGCCCCAACAAGGAAGACCGGCUGACGAAGGUGGACAGCAAGGCCCUAGAGGAGGAGGUCAAGGUGUGUAGGCAGCGCGUUAAAGAGAUCCAGGAUAAGCUGAAACGGACCGAGAAGUCCUACAAAGCCCAGAUCAUUAAGCAGGAGCAGAAAUCUUACGAGAACUGGGCGAUUGCACGCGCCGCAGAGCAAGCUAUGUUCAACGAGAAGAAGGAAAACAUUCACCUUCAUAACUUACUGACUUCCAUGUCCAGCAAGCUGAAUGAGCUCCGUAGGCCUCUGUUCAAGCCCACCCUUGGGUUGGCUCCCAUGCCUCUCCGACGAGGACCACGACCUCGCGGCCGUUACCCUCCUGACCACAAACACCCAGUGGCUUCUAGACCUGACACCAUGGCCCCAAGUACAUCCUCACCAAGCGAUCUGGGCAGCUCGAACACUCGACCUCAGGGUCCUGGCUCCCUGCUGGUCUCUCCCAUCAGGCCCCCCCCCCGACUCAAGACCCGGCCCCCUCAGACCAGUCAUCAGCCAUCCCUCCGGACUCUGCUACCGUCCCAUUCCCGGACGCCACCACAUCCCUCCUCCCCCACCCUUCAUGCCUCCCGUGUACCGACCAGACAACGGACACUCAGGCAUGAUGCCUCCUGGACCCCCACCGCCUAACGGACACCCGUUGAUACCACCCGGACAUCGGCGUCCAACUCCUGGUGCUUACAGUCCCCCUUCCCCACACAACCGGUACCUUCCUCCACCUUCUCACUAUGAACCGGUGCCUCCCCCAUUCGGUGUUUCCGGCAGCACUCCUAUGGCCCGACCCAUGGGACCCCCACAUACCUACGUGCACUAUGGACCACUUGAUCACUCCAUCCUGCCCCCUGGGGGGGGCCCAUACCCUCAUGUCGGCCCCAGAGACUUCCCUAUGCAGCCACAGGUCCCACAUGGCCAUGACUCUUCAGUGGGCCCCCAGCCCGGCGCUGGCCCCCAGGGCCAGGGGCAAGACUAUAGGUCCCAGCAGGCAACAGCUGCCCCCCAGGACUCAGACAG